AAGGUUGCACAUGAGGAGGAAUUAAAGCUCAGGGAGGAGCAGAGAAUGGAAGGAGCAGGUUGUUUGAUCACAGUGGGUUCAUUUUUACCUCCACUAAUUACUACUUUUUUCUCACAGCAGUAAAAGAAAGCAAACAGGAAGCACGAGUUUAACAGCUAACAGCAAGGACAGCUGAAGGUAGGAGAAAAGAAAGGAGCAGCAGCAGCAAGAAAAGGAAAGAUAGAAGUUUAAAAAAGUCAAAUGAGAGAUUAAUUGAGAAAGAAAAAACAGAGCAGAGACGAGGCUCUGAGGAGUGAGACAAGUAAGAAAACAACAAACACUCAUUGACAGAAAGGACUGGACAUAAUUCCAAGGACCACUGACAUCAGCAAAACAAGAGGAAGAAGAGCAGCAGAAAAGAGGUCAUUGUGGUCAAUGUGGUGCGUGCCUGAGCGAGUCUACUAUGCAAGCAAGACAUAUGAGAUAAACAGACACAAGCACAGUCACUCCGUUCAGUUCCAAAACACAGCGCUCCCUGUCGCAGCAUGUUGAUGAAAGAGUACCGCAUAUGUAUGCCACUGACUGUGGAUGAGUACAGGAUUGGGCAGCUCUACAUGAUCAGUAAGCACAGCUGUGAGCAGAGCGGUGGGGGAGAAGGGGUGGAGGUGGUGAAGAAUGAACCAGAUACACACCCUCAGCACGGUCCUGGACAGCUGACCGAGAAGCGCAUCUACCUCAGCAGUAAACUGCCAUCAUGGGCAAAAGCUCUUGUCCCAAGGAUCUUCUAUGUGACAGAAAAGGCCUGGAACUUCUACCCAUACACCAUCACAGAGUACUCGGUAUCAUUCCUCCCCAGGUUCAGCAUCCGUAUUGAGACAAGAUUUGAGAACAACAAGGGCAAUAACAACAAUGUGUUUGGGGACACGCCAACCCCAGCAGAGAAUGUGUGCUUUCUGGAUAUCCUGACUGACCCAAUCCCUGAAAAGCACUAUAAAGAAUCAGAGGACCUGAGUCGCUGGCAAUCCAGUAAAACUGAGCGUGGACCUCUGGAGAAAGGCUGGAGAGACUGCCACAAGCCCAUAAUGUGUUCCUAUAAGAGGGUUCAGUGCAGCUUUGAGGUCUAUGGCCUCCAGACCAGGACUGAGGAGUUCAUACAUCGAAACAUCAAAGACAUUCUUCUCGUUGGCCACAGACAGGCGGUAGCAUGGAUCGACGAGUGGCACGGUCUGAGUUUGGAAGAGGUGAGGGAGUAUGAGCAGGCAAUGCAAGAGAAGACCAACAGCAAAGUCAAAUCCAGUCAGAGCAACGCAGGUCCUCCAGAUGCCUCCCGCCCUUUGUUCUCUCGCUCCAUUUCUGUGACAGAUGAGCGAUCCUUGAAGAAGAUGGGAGUGACUACAGCAGCCAUGUCUGACACCUCAACCUCCUCUGUGCCACACAGUCCCCUUCGCCUCAACUCAACCCCUGAGUGAUGCCUGACAUACACUUUGUACCAUGCAAUCACAAAACCCAAACACAGAGUCAACAACUGCCAGUGUCAUGUGAUUUUAUUCCUAAAAUAUGAACACAUGCACACACACGUGCAAACAGUGAAACUAUAGUAAAAGGCAAUUUUGGGGAAAAGAUCAAUGUUACUCUCAGAAAUGCAGGCUCUACUCAGUGGUGACAAAGUCCACCUAAAAACGCACAAGAAGCCUCAUUUCUUCAGUUUAUAGAGAAACCAAAGGGUCAUUUAGGGGAGAUGUGUGGUGGUGGUUCUUCUGACAGGGAUUAGUGCCUUCCACAGGUAAAGCACAAAUGCAGAAAAAAGUAUUAUCUUGGAAGGACAUUAUAGCUUUUGUACAGAUUAAGCUAGCUGUUUCCCUAUUUUUCCGUCUUUAUGAAAAGCUAAACUAACAAACUGCUGCCUACAGAUUAUUUUCACUGUACAGAUUAAAAGAAUGAUAUUGACAUUUUCAUCUAAUUCUACUAGAGCAUCAAAUAUUUAGCUAUUUUUUUUAAAUAUUACAAAUCGGUUUAGUCUUCUCCAGAAGCAUUUCUUUUUCACACUGACAGCAUGUGCUUGAUUUAAAAAAAAAAAAAAGAAAAACAAUGGCCGACCCAUGGCGUGG